AGAACACCAGUUGCUACGAUGAUCAAGCUGUGCUGUGCUGUGUUGUUGCUGGCUGGGGCUACUGCUCGUAAGGCUGAUGAAACUGAUAAAAUCAUAAAAGGAACUGAGCUUCUGUUGACCUUUUUGGUGCACCGUCAUGGGGACAGGACUCCAAUAGCCGACUCGCUGGUUUUCAGCAAUGACCCUGACAAACUCGCAGAAUUAUCCGCGCCCUACGGCUAUGGACAACUGACUACAGUCGGCAAGCGUCGUAGCUACGAACUGGGCAAGUUUAUUAGGAAAAGAUACGAUGGCUUCAUAGCGCGUCAGUUCAACCGGUCCGAGAUCUACAUCAGGUCUACCGACUCCACCAGGGCUAAGAUGACCAUACUGUCAGCUUUGGCAGCCAUCUACCCGCCUGUCAAGAAAGUCUUUAGGGGCCUCGACUGGACCCCAGUGCCGUAUACUAAUGUACCCGCUAAAUAUGAUUUCAACAUGCCAUUCGCGAACUGCCCGAACUUCAUGAACGACUACAGACAACUCUUGAGCACCACGUCACCGGCCAUCUUGAACUACAGCUACGCCGUAUCCCUCCUGUCAAACAUCACUGGCCUGGACAUGUUCCAGAAUUCUGGCUACAUUUACGCUGUAUACGAUGUCUACACUAGCCAGGUCAGUUUGGGAUUGCCCCUCGAGCCUAAGAUACAAGCCGUGUGGUCUGACGUAGAAGCGGCAGCAGGCAUCGCCAUCGGACUAGUGUUUGGAAACGAAACCCUUCUCCCAUUCCAAGCUGGGGUCCUCCUCAGCAAGUUCUACGAUGCAGUCUCCGAAGUCACCACUGGAGACACUUCCAGAAUGAGGAUCUACUCUGCGCACGACUUCAACGUCUAUUCCUUCCAGGCUGUGACCAAGAUCGUCAAUAAGCAAGGAGUCCCCAAGUACAAUUCAGCGUACGCCCUCGAGUUGAGGAGAAAUGUGCACACUGGCGAAUUGGUUGUAGUGCCCGUCUACCUUCCCAGUCCAGGACAAGACCCCAUCUACCUGGAAAUAGAAGGCUGUGGCUCCGUCUGCAACUACGACGACUUCGUGGCCAUCACCUCCGAGUAUGCCCUGGACGAAGACACCUGGAGGACCAAGUGUGGCUUCACAAAGGACCUGGUUAUCGACAGCUCCUCAUUUGCAUAAAAAUAUUUUUAACCAACUAUCAUUGUAUCAACAAACUGAUUGUGAUAUUGAAUUAUUUGUCGGCCAUUUGGUGUAGUGGUUCGUAACGCACUUCUAUGCCGAAAGGUCACGGGUUCGAUUCCCGCACAGUACCAACAUUUAAGUCUAAUUAAUCCGUUGUCUAGUACCCAUAGUACAAGCUUUGCUUAGUUUGGGACUAGAAGCGCAGUGUAAAAUGUCCUAUUUAUUUAUUUAUUUAUAUACCCAGUUUCUGUACCUAAACUGGGUCUAUGUUUGAUGCCAUAGAUUAUUUAAAACCUUAUAAAAUGUAUAACAAAUCAGCAAAAACAUUGACUAAGUAUACUGACUAUUGUCAAUAAGAUGAUUAAGUAACAUUAUUUAUACAUUAAGAUGUUAAAUAAAAAUCGUAAUUAAGUAUUUAUGUCACAAACAGCAUAAACACAAAUCACAAAUUGAGCUCAUGUAAAAUAAACAACACCUACAAUUUA